AUGAGUUCACCCGAGUAGGUGUACAGAUUCAGCUUCCCUGAGCGGCUCACAGACACUGACUUGCUCUCGACCCGCUACACCAACAACAGGCCAGGAGCGAACUCUGGCUCAGGCGACGAUGCGAACGGUCAUAGCCAGCGCACCACUCCCCCACGAUUGACGCAGCCCGUAGAGCCAGACAGGUGUAUCAAGGUCAGUGGCCAAACUCUUGUGUUGAUACUGACUCUGUAGAGCUGAUCCGAGUGGGCAUGUGCAGGUGCUGCUCGCGACGGACAAUCACGUCGGGUACGCCGAGAAUGACCCCGUGCGAGGACGAGACUCGAUCAAUUCGUUCCGCGAGAUCCUCGAACUUGCCGUGGCCAAUGAUGUGAGAUAGAGGCCGUGAUGCGCUUCGAGUGAUUGCCAUGAUGAUUCGUGCUGACGCGCCUCCUUUCGCUUUUCCGUCCCAGGUCGACUUGCUCCUCCUCGCCGGGGACCUGUUCCACGAGAACCGGCCGUCCCGCACGUCCCUGUACCAAGUCAUCUCAUCGUUACGCGAGUUCACUCAAGGAAGACGUCCCAUCGAACUGGACAUCGUCAGCGACGCCGGAAUCGGUAUCCGACGCGACGCGACGUCAGUCCACCACUCUUGACCUUUUCGACGCGACGUCAAAUCGCGAGCGCGAUCGUGCGCGUGCGGCACGUCGGAAACUGACUUUUGCGCUUCCAACAACUCGCAUCCCCACAGCUGGCCCAGUAUCAACUACCUGGACGAGAAUAUCAAUGUCGGACUACCUGUUUUCUCGAUCCACGGGAAUCAUGACGAUCCGCAAGGUACUGGCGCUGUGAGUUUAUCUCACUCACCCUCCGUCCGAUUCUUGCCAGAAAGCGGCGGAGCGUCGACUAGCCCGGCAGACUCGGACUCGGGCUUGAACUCGAAUUGAUCCGAUCACUUCCCCUUUUGAACUCACAGGAAGGAGCUCUGUGCGCACUCGACAUCUUGUCAGCCUCAGGUCUGAUCAACUACUUUGGUCGCACCGAAAUCCCCGGUGCCAGUGCGAACGAUGAAGAUGUGCAAGAAGACGGCGGCAUCGUCAUCAAGCCGAUCCUACUACAAAAAGGCUCGACCAAGUUGGCCUUGUACGGCAUCGGCAACGUUCGCGAUGAUCGUUUUCACUACGAGAUGAAGAACUCACGUGUCGAAAUGCAUCAACCGGUCGAAGAUGCGGACGAAUGGUUCAAUAUCGUCCUCGUCCAUCAGAACCGGUACGUGUGCAACUGCGAGCAUCUGUCUUCUCAGACAGUGCAACUGACUUUUGCAAACGUCUCGCGUACAGUGUUGCCCAUGGCAAGAAGUCCAACAACACAUCCGAUGGAGCAUUUUCUGAUGAUGCUCAUCUCGUCGUGUGGGGUCAUGAACACGACUGCAUCGAGCAGGCGACGCCGGUCUCUGUGCCUGGGAGGCCGUACUACAUCGUUCAACCUGGGAGCUCAGUUGCCACGAGUCUUGCCAAAGGUGAAGCAAUACCGAAGUGAGUCACAUCUCCCAGGAUCUCUACUGGUUCGCCACUGAUCUCGACGCUCUUCUGCUUGCUAGGCAUGUCUCACUCAUCAAGAUUCAAGGCAAGGAAUUCGAAUUCGAACCGAUCCGUCUGCGCACCGUCCGCCCUUUCAUCUUUGAAAACAUCUCCCUCAGCGAAGCGCACGACCCGUCCCACAAAGUCAAUCUCAAGGACAAGGUCGCCGUGAACCGUUACCUCAAAGGACGCGUCAACGAUCUCAUCGCUCGUGCCAAUGCCGAAUGGGCUGAAUUGAAUCCGGACCUCCCAGCAUCUGAACGCUUGUUACCGCUCAUCCGCAUCCGCGUCGAUUACGGUGGUGGACCGGACGGUAACGGUGUUUUCGAAAUCGGUAACCCCCAACGUUUCGGACAAGAUUUCGUCGACAAAGUCGCCAACCCUCGAGAUAUCGUUCAAUUCCACCGUAAAGCGGCUCGAGCCUCCAAAAAAGUCGACAUGGAUCACGUCGAUAAAGCCAAAGUCAUGGCUGCGAUCGAGGAAUCGGAGGAUAUUGGGUCCAAGAUGGAGAAGUUGAAAGUGUCGAGUUUGGUGACGCAGUACCUGUCGGCGCAGAAUUUGGGGGUCUUGUCGGAGGAGUUUAUGCAGAGGGCCAUUGAGGAAUAUGUUGAUAAGGGGGAUAGGGAUGCGAUUGCAGAGUGAGUACAAGGAGCGCUAAGACGAUUUUGGCUUUUGCAUACGGGAGUUUUAACCAUGGCUUUUCGUUCGAUUUUCUCCAGUAUGCUCAAGAAAUCGGUCAAGGAUGCGGUCGCCAACAUCUCCAAGACUUACAUCCCUUCCAAAGAAGGGCCGGAGCAUGAUCAUUUGGAGAACGAGGUCGGUUUGGACAUUUCAGAACCACACCAUUUGGUUGUCCCGUUAUAAAACUUCAUUUGGCUGAUUUGAACGUCUCCUCUCGCAGGCCCUUGUUGCGAAAGAAUACUUGACGGCCAAGUAUGCCCCUAAGCCGAACAAGGUCAGUGCGCUCCGCACGCGCGUGCGCAGCGAACGUGCGCGAAGCGACUCGAUCCUGAUUUGAGGUGUGACUUUUUGGAUCUGAGCAGGGCAAGGGCAAGCAGAAGAGGUCGGAAGAUUCCGAUACGCCACAAGAGGAGGAAGAAGAGGAGGAGAGGGACUCUAUGGUGGAAAGUCCUGCUUCGAGUGAUGACGGGCGUCGAGGGAGGAAGAAGGCGGCACCACCGGCCAAGAAGAAGGGCAAGGCUACGUCGUCUAAGAGGAAGCAGAAUGAGUUGGUGAGUAUGAAUGAGUCAUUCUGUUCAAGAGGGUGAACGGUGCUGAUUACUGAGAGUCGCCGGAUUUCGCAGUUCCUUUCCGACGACGACGACGACGACGACGACGAUGUUGUGGUUCAGGAUCAGGACGACGAUGAGGAUAGCGACGUGAUUUCGGACUCGCCUCCACCUAAGAAAGCGUGAGUCCUCUUUAUCACAUUUCACGUGAUAUGUCAACGGAGAGCAAGACACUGAUACAAGAAAGGUCAAAUAUAUCAUGCGACGCACUUAGCCCGGCGAAGAAGGUUGCCGCUACGACUAGGAGGACCGCUGCACCGGCCAAGACGAAAGCAGCGCCGCUCCCCAAAGCCAAGGCCAAAGCACCGGCGGCGACUCAGCCCAAGCGCGCGGUGACGCAGCAGGUCGUGUCGACGGAUAGUGAUGAUGAUUCGUGA